UUUGGUCGGCAUUUAAAGAUCAAUUUUUUCGCAAACUUGUUAGUGCAAAAAUACUUGUGAAGCGUUGGGAAAUAUCUAUCUUAAAAGGUGAAGAAGUGAGGCGCUUUAGAGGAAAACAUGGCGAACUGCUUCAUCAAGUGCUGUCGUGUAUUGAAACACUUGCCUGUUCGCUUGAUUUGUGUUUUGGUUAUUAUCCUCCAUUUCAGUAUUGUUGAUUAUUAUCUGGUGGAACAUAAAGACACUACAUGGUUGGGCUUCCUCGCAGCUGACGUCAUAACUCUUUGCCUAUUUGUUGCGUCAUUUAUUUUGUCAUAUAAUCGUCUCAAGAGUUCAAAUACUGACACAAAGAUGGAAAAAAUGGGUAUUUGGAUGGGUCUAGCUUCUUGGUUUCUAUAUUCGGUGAUUGUGGCGACUAAGUCGGGUAUCAUUUUCAUUGAUUUCGCAGACGAUCUCGAUGAAAAUGAUUUUUUUGGUCCAAACACACUGAAAACUGCUUUGGCCUUAGCCGGAGUAAUAUUCCUGCUACAUCUUUCUUCACUCCAUGACGCCAAGCCGGGAUCGGAGAGGAGAGCAUACAUCGAAGAACUAUCAGGAACUGUUAUUUUUGAUAUCUUGGAUUGUGUGGAUAGCAUGGAACCGCUGUUUAUCAAAGAAGAUCGUGAAGAUUUUCCACCAGGUCUCGUAGAAGCCAUAGUGGCUGUAGCCUGUCUAAAUUUUGUCUUACCAACCGUACCACUUCUUACCCUGUCGCAUACCAAAUUCGGAUACGCCAAGUUACCUCGACGUUUGAUUAUGGUACAUAAGAUUAUCCUGGCUUACAUUGUCAACCUUCCUCUCCUGGUCAUGAGAAUGAUUUUAUGGCAUGGACUAAAUCAUGGCGUCUCCAUUUUCUCUUUGAAGAAUGUAAUUGUGAUCGCCAUGAUAUCGUAUGAUUUCUAUGAACAUCAUGAGGCAGAUAUGGACAACUCGAUGGAAAAGAAUAACAGUAACAAAGGGGAGAACGGAAAAGAAAGUUUACCAGCUGAUGCGUACGGAUUGGAAGAUCGUUACGACUACAAAUGACCAUUCCUCACUUGGUUACAAAAAGAGCAUGAACACCAGGUUCAAAGAGCAAGGCAUAAAACGCGUUAGUUCGAAGUUACGAUGUAGAUUUUUGUUAUUUAU